CUCAUCUUGUGACGUCAUUAUUCAUGAUAUUUACGUCAGACGCCAAACUAUAGAAACAUUCUACUUGCCGUCUACCAGAUACGGUCUCAAUGUGUCACGUGAAUGUAGGUGAAGUGCAGUUACCAACAAACCAACAAAAUGACGCAUGGAAUUUGAAAGGGUAUGCCACUUUGGGAAAACACGGCCUGGAAAAAACGUUGAUUUCCUUGUGUGAACGGCUAGACAAGUGACAAUGCCCCUGUCACCAGACGAGAUCAAACCGAUCAUCCUCAAGGAGAGAUGGGUGCCGCGGAAACCCGACCAGCUGAUCGUGUGUCGGUGUCGACCGUUCCACCGGCCUCUGCACGCCCAGAAAAUCACCUACCUUAUCAUCUUCUCCUUCAUCGCCAUAGUCCUCUUCUUCCCAACCGGAAUCCCCGCGUGUUAUUACGCCUUUAAGACGAAGAAGACAUUCUACGACCGAGAUUUGAAAGACAAUUUUGAACUAGCUAUAAAGUAUUCCAUACUGACCGAACGCCUGGUGAUAUGUUCGGUGCUUCUGGCAGUAAUCGUUGGGGCGGUGUCACUGGCCAUGUGGGAGAAACUCAAGGAAAUGAAAGAUUUUGCCGUUACAGUUUACGAUGACGUCAUAAAUUCUUUGUAAUAUAAUAUUAGACUACACAUUUAGAGUAUCUAAGUGUUGUUGCAGGGUAGCAUAAACACUGAGAAUAAAACGGAGCCACGUUAGGUGAAAUGGCCGUGUAAAUGAGCAAUGCUGUGAAUACAUCUAAGAGCUGGUUAGUUCAACUGUUAUUCUUUUGAAGCUGAUAAUAGACCAGUUCCUGAUGCACUCACUAUACCAGGUUUGAAAUCGUGAUCAAUGUAUUUAUAAACAAUAAUGAAUACUUAAAAUAUGUUUGACAAAAUAUAAGUAGUUUUUAAUAUUAAAUAUUUUGAACUUCACGUCUUGACCUUUGCACACAAUUUGCACCCAUGACAGGCGUGCGCUACAACAGCUUGCUCUGAUUGUUCACGUUAAACCCCCAGAACUGAACUGAGAAGCUACAAGAAGCUGAUGAUUAGUUAAUCAAUGUGCUCAAGUGGUUUUGCUAAACAAAACUAACUUUCUGCGAGACGUAUUUCAAAAGGGAUUUAGUUAGUGGAAAGUUCUCUCCGUGUCCCUAACUUCAGUGGUAGUAAGAUGAAACCCACUCUGAUAUUAGUGAACCCGCUGGGUUAAUUCACGUUCUAACAAAUCCUAGUGUAUAUGCAAUCUCUGCGUCAGUGGGGAAUAUAAAAUAAUUCCUGUAGUUGAUUGUUAAGAAGAUCCUAUACGGCAGGUACAGCUAAUUAUUAACCCAUUCACAAACAGAUCACAGUCAUAAAUGGCUGUCCAUCUGUAAUGAAAAGAAAAAACACCUACAUACGUAACAUUUAUAAAUAAAAGUACCUCUUUAUAUAAUAAUUAUUAGCGUAUUCGUGUAAUAAAUAUAACUUCAAACGUGUAACUUCACAUACAUUGUUUUCGCUUUUUAUUUUAUUACACGAGUUUAUUUUGCACAAACAUAUAUACCACGAGACCGCGUAGAAGUUGAGUUGUAUGUUCUUGCUCAAAAUAAACGAGUGCAAUAAAUAGGAAGCGAAAACAACGUAUGUGUAGUUCUGUAUUUAUCACAUACCUUCUUUUAAAAGGGUUUUUAAUUUAACGUCAUAAGUUCAUAACUACAGUUUCUUAAAUCUGUUAUCAAUACGCCUGUCAUAGAUAUACUUAACGUUAAGAAUCAUACUCUGCGGCAAUCUUGUGUAAUGUUAUAAUGUGAUGUAAUUUGUAAAUCGUAUAUUAUGUAAUUUGUAAAUCGUAUCUUCUGACAGUGCGACAGCCAUAACUGUUAGUUAUCAAUUUUAUCUGUUACACGUGUAUAUUAUCAAUUUAUUGUCAAACUGUUGCUCUAAGACCAUGUACCUUAUGUGUAUCUCAUCUCUUUGGAAAUAAAAUAUGUUAUGUCA